AUGGCUAUGUGUACCAAACUUCGAGGUUUGAGAAAGGAAAUAUUGGAGAAGGCUCACGUUCCUCCGUAUUCAAUGCAUUUAGGAAGUACCAAACUAUACCAGGAUCUAAAAACAAUGUUUUGGUGGAGAGGAAUGAAGAAGGACAUAGACAUGUAUGUUAAAAGAUGUUUAACAUGCCAACAAGUGAAGGCCGAACACCAACGACAGUUUGGUGGACACAGGGAGAAAGAUCUACCUUUAAUUGAGUUUGAUUAUAACUACAGUUAUCACACCUUUAUUGUUAAUGUCACCCUAUGGUAUGGGAGGAAAUGCAGAUCACCAAUUCAUUGGGUUGAGGUUGGCGAGCGUGAGAUUUUGGGUCCAAAGAUCAUUGAACAGACUGUACUCGCUAUCGAGAAGAUAGUAUUAAAAAGGCUCAAGGCAGAUAUAAAAGCUAUGAAGAUAAGAGAAGAAAGGGCUUGCAAUUUCUUAAAGGUGACAAAGUAUCCACAAAGUGGGGUCUAUAAAGAGAGUAUUACGUUUCGGUGA